GUGUAGCACACCUCCCCACAAUAAAACUACUUCUGUAAGGCUUCCACGAUCGAACAAGCCAUAGGGCGGAGUCAUGUCCAGCCGCAUGGUCAAAUCAUUAGCUCUCGUCGGCCACCAGGGUGUCCCCCUGUGGAGAGAACCGCAGCUAGCGCCCCCCGGUUUCUGCGGGCUUCAUCUUGAGCUGCGUCAUGGUGAUGCCGAUCAGGGUAGGCAACAUGUUAUCGUUGAUUAGCUUUGCCUCUUUGAAGUGAUUGCGCAGAGGGACCGACGGGGUAGUAGGUAAGUGCCGAGAGCUCAUUGUGCUGGUUCCGACUCAAAUACCAUUCGUAACCCUCGCCGCUCGUCUCCUCGAGUUAGCCCAGCCCUACGCAUACACAUUAUACUGGUCUUCAACAUGCUUUCUCAGCUCGCCGUCACUGCUACCCUCGCUCUCGCUGCCGUCGCUGCCAACUGUGGCAACGGCGUCUACCCCGAGUGUGUCAGCGUCUACAAGGGAACUGGCUGCCAAUCGUUCAACAAGGAGACGUCCUACCGUCCCACUUGCGAAGGAAACUGCUAUGUCUACCCCUUCGACUCUCUCCAGCUCGCCGGCAGCGCCUUCAAAAAUGUUGACUGUGUCGCCUACUCUGACACCAACUGCCAAAACAAGAUUGGUGACACUGGCAAUGUUAGCGGUGGAUGCUACAGCUUCAAGGGUGGCAAUUCGAUGAAGUGCUACCACGGCUGCUAAAUUUCUGCUCACCGAUCCUACACAAUACAUGGAUAAUUCAAGCCUAAAUAUUAGACUAAUGCUACUGCGCUUAGCCCUACUCACAAUAAUGAAUAUAAGCAUGCCAAAUUUUUGACAUAACCUACGUCGCUUCGCCGG